AUCAAAAAAACAAAAUGGUGGCAUAUAAUAUUUUUGUUUGGCCGCGUACAUAAAAAAAAUUUCGUGUAUAAUUUGGCCAUAAACACUAACAAAAGUGAGCAAACAAUCAAAAACGUGCGAGAGAGACAGCGGUGAAGCGAGCACGGCGAUAGAAACAAUAAAAUUACACGAAAUCAGGCAGCAAUUAACACAGUUGAUCAUCGAACGCUGGUUUGCCGAAGGGUAGCGUAGCGGCCUGGCUGCCUGCCUGGUGUUUGGUGUUGGUAAACCUCUUGGUGGGUCGAUUGCGCUGGUCCAGAGGUGCCACCCGGGCCACCCAGCGGUGGUUGGGCAACGGCAUUCUACUAGGGUGGUGGCAGUACAGUACAGGUAGCUGCAGUCCGCCCCCAGUAUCUCCUCGCACCAGCUGGAAGAGGCGAUACCAAAACAACAACAACAACAGCAAACGAGCAACCUGCAAACUGCCAACUGCAUUGCCGGUUAAUUGGAUUAGUCAGUCCGUAGGUAGUGGAGAUGGCCACGACACAGCAGUACUCGCUGCGGUGGAACAACUAUCUGCGCCACCUGACCUACUCACUGGACAACCACCGGCUGAACGAUGAUUUUGUCGAUGUCACAUUAUGCGUGGACGGCAGAAAGAUUAAGGCCCACAAGGUGGUACUGUCCUCGUGCUCAUCAUACUUUAAGGAGAUAUUCAAGGAGAAUCCCCAUCCGCAUCCAGUCAUUAUAUUUAAGUUUAUCAAAUUCGAAGAUCUCAACUCGAUAAUCGAGUUCAUGUACCAGGGCGAGGUGAAUGUACAGCAGGAGGCGUUGCAAUCGUUCCUGCAAACAGCCGAGCUGCUUGCCGUCCAGGGCCUCACCGCCGAGGAGAAGGAGAAGCCGCAGCUGCCAACAUUGCCGCUCAGCGAUCAUAAGCUCAUCAAGACCAUACCCAGCACCAUAAGAGCGGUGAACGAUCAGCAACAACAGCACCUUCCACAGCAGCAGGUGCCCAGCGUGGCACAGGCGCAGACAGCAACGCAAACCAUCGAAAUACCCACGGCCACGCUAUUGCAGGCAACGGCUGCCAGUCAGGUUCAGACGCAAGUGGCUGCUGCCGCUGCCGUUGCCGCUCAGCUUCAGGUCCAGCAGCAGCAGCAGGCGCAGUCUCAGCCGCAGCAACAGCAGCAUCAUCAUGUACAAACCAAUCAUAUACAACACAUCCAGGUGCAAUCGGCACCACUACCACAGCAACAGCAGCAGCAGCAGCAAUCCCAACAGCAGCAGCAACAACAGCAACAGCAGCAGCAAUCACAGCCACUGCCGACAACGCCACAGCAUUUGACCAUCACGAAUGCGGUGGCCCUGUCCGUGGCGAAGAAGCGUAAGCUCACCUUCUCCGAUGAUGAUGACAACAUCUACGCCACCGAAACGGUCGCCUAUGCCGGCAAGGAUGACCAGACUAUUGUGAAAACUUCUGAUAUGACCUUCCUAAGAAGUGCCGUCAAAAUGGAUAUACCCGACUAUAUUGUGAGCGAGGUGGAUGAUCGGCUGUCGGACGGUGCCACGCCGCAGACGUCACAGGAUGCCACUACCGGGGCAGCGCAGACGGUGGCCCAAUACUCAUCCGAAUAUGAGAUACUGACCGAGUCAGAGAUCGAGGAGAAAUAUCAAGCGGAUGCGGAAAAUGCCGAGAUAGCCAUCGAAAUGACCCGCCUGUUGGGCAGUGGGACGGGGGCAACAUCCACGCCCCAUGCUGUGUUAGAGGAUGGCAGCCCGUCGGCAGUUCCCUCGACUACGGUGUCCCUGACGCCGGUCAAGGCGGACAGCAAGGGCAACAACGCGCCGCCAAAUGCACCCAGUGGAAUUGGAACUGGAACUCGAUUAGGCACUGAUACGAAUACCGAACCACUGGCCGAGGAUGAGACAGUGCCAGAGGUAUACAUGCCGCUCAUCUGUCACUUUUGCAACCGACGCCUCAAGUCAACGAACGCCUUGAGGCGACACAUCGCGUCCAGGCACUCGGAGAUACAGGACAAGCAGCACGAAUGUUAUAUCUGCAUAAAGAGCUUCAAGACCAAGUGGUCCCUGUCCACGCACAACUCUCGUUUCCAUCGCGAUCUGCGCCAGAGCAAGGAGUUUAUUAAAAUCGAAUCGGCCGAUCACUGAAGCAAAUGGGGAAAAAUCAACACUGAGACACAACAAGUAUUUUCAUGCCCGGCAUUUUGGCAGAAGGAAGCGUUUCCGAACCACCCCCUCUUGAUCAGCAUUUCGUCCGCAUAUUGGAAUGUGUACGCGAAUAGGGAAGGCCAAUUUCUGGGUAGACCAAAUAUCAAUAUCGAUCAGACAAUGGUU